AUGGCUCGGGAUACUCGCUCACCAUCGCCUGUAGGCAGCACCCACUCGUUCAAACGGAGCCGCAGGGAUGAGGACCGGAAUGAUAGAAGUCGCCGGGAUGAUAGGCGAUAUCGUGACCGCGACCGCGACCGUGACCGCGACCGAAAUUCUUAUCGAAGGCGAGAUCGCUCGCGCGAUGAUCGAGAUGACCGCCGGGACGAAGACACCUAUCGCCCCAGUAAGAGGGACCGCUCCAGAACCAGAUACCGUUCACGAGACCCUGACGACGAUAGAGACUAUCGUCGCAGAAGUCGCGAUAGGGAGCAUCGAAGCAGGCGAGAUGAAUCCCGUGACCGAGGGCGGAGAAGACGGAGCCACUCUACUGACUCCAAGCGCGCUUAUAGACGGGAUGAUAGCAGAGAACCGGUUUCAAAUAAGGCUUCAGGCGUGAGGCCCGAAGAGACGUCGAAACCCUCUACUCCAAUCCCAGCUCCCGCCCAAACAGACGAGGAAAAGAAGGCUGAAAGACGAGCCAAAUUUCAAGCUUGGAAAGAGAAGAUCGCAGCCGAACGUGAACGGAAAGAAAAAGAACUUGCAGCAGCGGGUGGUGCGCGGAGCAUACUUGAUGAGAUUGAUAAGAAAGCAGCUUCGGCUCAAAAGAUCGCGACCCCUGAAACUCCCACAACCCCUCCAACAACUACACCUGCGCCUGCGCCAUAUGCCGGGAAAUACGACCCCAAGUCUGUUGCAAAAAGCGCUGCAGCACCAUCUCCAGAACCAUCAUCUCUACUAGGCAAGGACAUCAGCGUCCCAAGUAUCGCUGCCUCCUCUGCAACAUCCACACUUUCGAUUGCAGGAAGCAAGGCUAACAAAUAUUCAGUUUCUGCAAGCACUCCUUCUGCAACAACCUUAAAAGCCCGAGGAAACAUAAGUGGCUUUGGCUUGGGUGUUAAACAAGGAGCAGAGUUAGACAAGCCUUCUUCCAAGCGAGCUUUAGAUUUUGGCGACGAGGAAUUGACCAAGAGAAAGCUGGCGAAGCUUCCUGACCCUUCCCUAGAAGAUGCGGCCGAAGCGAAUGCUAACGAGGCGCUCGACGGUGUUGGUGAGGAUGAUGAUGACGAUGAUGUCGAUAUUCAAGAUGGCGGGACAGAGGAGGAAAAUGCUGCUGCUGCAAGGGCAGCCGCUGAAAAGCGAGAGGAACGACUACAAGGCCAAGGCCUUAACCGACAAACGCAGUUCGAUGUUCAACCGGAAGGUACGACCUCUACAAGUCCGAAUGGUGAUGUUGCCAUGACAGAUGAGACUCAAACUGCCACUCUUCCCGUCACAAUGGACGUGGAAGAGGAAGAAACUGACCCAUUAGAUGCAUUCAUGUCUGGUCUUGCCGAAUCUGCGGCGGCUCAACACGGCCGGAACAAGACAAACUUCUCAAAAUCGCAACUAUCAAAACCUGAGGCAAUUUUUGGAGACGAAGAUGAUAUAGAUAUGAAAGCAAUUGACCCCGAGGCGGACGAUUUCCUUGCUAUUACCAGCAAAGGAAGGAAGAAAAAAGAUCUCCCACCCGUAAACCACGAGAAAAUGAACUACGAACCCUUCCGUAAAAAUUUCUAUACCGAACCGGUUGACCUAGCAGAGCUUACGGAGGAAGAAGUCGCUGCGCUGAGGUUAGAACUUGAUGGAAUAAAAGUCCGUGGGGUUGAUGUCCCGAAACCAGUUCAGAAGUGGUCCCAAUGUGGACUUGGAGUGCAGACACUGGAUGUCAUUCGAAAACUUAACUAUGAAAAUCCCACAUCAAUCCAGUCCCAGGCAAUACCAGCAAUCAUGUCAGGUAGAGAUGUGAUAGGGGUGGCAAAAACUGGAUCUGGCAAGACGAUAGCAUUUCUGCUCCCAAUGUUCAGGCAUAUCAUGGAUCAGCGGCCGUUAGAAAACAUGGAAGGACCAAUAGGACUGAUCAUGACCCCGACCCGCGAACUGGCAACCCAAAUCCAUAAAGAAUGCAAACCGUUUCUAAAGGCACUGAAUCUUCGGGCUGUUUGCGCUUAUGGCGGAGCCCCUAUCAAAGACCAAAUUGCCGAGUUGAAACGUGGCGCAGAAAUCAUUGUUUGCACCCCUGGUAGAAUGAUUGAUCUCCUCGCUGCAAAUGCUGGGCGGGUAACUAAUUUACGACGAGUUACAUAUGUGGUGCUGGACGAAGCGGAUAGAAUGUUCGAUAUGGGCUUCGAACCUCAGGUGAUGAGAAUCCUGGGAAAUGUUCGGCCACAACGACAAACUGUUUUAUUCUCGGCCACGUUCCCCCGUAACAUGGAAGCCCUUGCGCGGAAAACGUUAGCAAAGCCCGUGGAAAUCAUUGUUGGUGGAAAGAGUGUUGUUGCACCGGAAAUUACACAGAUUGUGGAAGUACGCAACCAAGAUACUAAAUUUGUUCGACUUUUAGCUCUCCUGGGUGAGCUCUAUGCAGAUGACAAAAACGAGGAUGCGCGCGCAUUGAUAUUUGUCGAUCGACAGGAAGCUGCCGAUGGCCUGCUCCGAGACUUGAUGCAUAAGGGCUACCCCUGCAUGUCCAUCCAUGGAGGUAAAGAUCAAGUUGAUCGCGACUCUACAAUCGACGACUUCAAGGCCGGUGUAUUCCCUAUACUCAUUGCUACUUCCGUUGCAGCUCGUGGUCUGGAUGUAAAACAGUUAAAACUCGUUGUUAACUACGAUGCACCCAACCAUCUUGAGGAUUACGUUCACCGGGCCGGUCGUACCGGGCGUGCCGGCAACACUGGAACCGCCGUGACGUUUUUGACAGAAGACCAAGAGAGAUAUUCGGUGGACAUCUCCAAAGCAUUGAAACAGAGCGGGCAACCGGUUCCAGAACCCGUACAGAAACUGGUGAAUUCGUUCAUGGAAAAAGUUAAAGCGGGCAAAGAGAAGGCUAGUGGUUCUGGGUUUGGCGGCAAAGGACUGGAGCGUCUCGACCAGGAACGUGAUGCCGCUCGCAAUCGAGAAAGGAAAACAUACAAAACCGGCGAAGAAGGUGAAGAGGAAGAGAGGGAGGAAAAGAAAGACAAGAAGGACGACCUGUUUUCCAAAGCAGCCUCUGCUGUCCAAGCCACGGCAACGCCGGCACCAACACCAAGCGUGCCUAAGGGCAUCGACCUCGAUGGCAAGAUUACUGUCCACAAGACGGAGAAACCUACUCCUACUUCGACUUCGACGAAUAAUCCUCUUGACAAAGUUGGCUCUGCGGUGGCUGAUAUCCAUGCCCGGUUGAACAAGGCUGGCGUGAUGAGGUCCGGCGUCCCUAUUGAUAAUAAGGGUCCUGACGCCGGAGCAUUCCACGCCACCCUAGAAAUCAACGAUUUCCCACAGAAAGCCAGAUGGGCGGUCACCAACCGUACCAACGUCGCCAAAAUCCUCGAGGCCACGGGCACGUCCAUUACGACCAAGGGCAGCUUUUAUCCUGCAGGCAAAGAACCACAGCCAGGUGAAAAUCCGAAACUCUACAUCCUUGUUGAAGGGGACACGGAAUUGGUUGUUACCAAUGCAAUGCGGGAACUCAUGCGGCUGUUGAAGGAGGGAACCCUUGCUGCCGCGGACAGCGAAUCUCGAGCCCCAACAACCGGCAGAUAUAAUGUCGUAUAGAAAAGCGUGGCAGUCCAGGUUCUUUACGUGGUAUCUGCGUCUAAUUUUCUUAUCUUUAUUUUCAAUUGUUUCUCUCUUCUCUUCUUUUCUCUCUUCUCUCUUUUUUUUUAUCUUUUAUUGUUUUCCUUUCGUCCCUAUUGCUAUGGUCCUGGAACUAACUCUAUUUGGGCAACUUCUUUUUGAUCAUUUGUACAGUAUAGUUAUAUCAUUAAGCCGGGGACCAUGUUGCUCCUUUUCCCAUCAUUUGGCGAACUUUAUUUAUUACUUACAAGGCCUAGGCUUCUUUCUUCAAAGGGGGCGGUUGGGAGUGAAAGAGAGGGUGGAAAAGAGAAAUGUUAAAUCCCUUUGUU